AUGCCACUCUCCAAACGCCGAACGAGUUGGCCACCAAGGAUUGCCUCAAGCCUCAAGCCUCGCCAAAACCCACGUCAACGACAAAACCGCGUCUUCCGCGAACAACAUCAGCAAAGCAAUAUGGCUCACUCCAACGUUUGGUUCUCCCGCCCCCGUAACUACGGCAAGGGCUCGCGCCAGUGCCGCGUCUGCGCCCACCGCGCCGGUCUCGUCCGCAAGUGGGGCCUUGACAUGUGCCGUCAGUGCUUCCGCGAGAAGUCCAAGGCUAUGGGCUUCGUCAAGUUCAACUAA